AAUGUGAACGUGUAUAAAUUUUUAUCUAUAUCACAGCAUUUUGUGUGAAGAUGAUUGAUAAAGGUAAAAAAAUCGGAGUCCGAUGUGAGAUGAAGGAGUAUCGAACUUUGCCUGAAGAGGAACUAGUGUAGUGUUGUCUGUCAAGUGUCAACAAAGGGGGAGGAGAACAUGGAGAGUGUACAACUAUAAAAGAAAAAAGGAGGAACAGCCAGUUUGGCGUUUUGAGAUUGAGUACAGGUUUGAAAUUCCGCAAAGUAUAUAAUUUGAUAUUCUAAGUUAUAAGAAUCCCUAGACUAUGGCAACCAUUCGCCACAGUCUUCAGCGAGAUGUAUUUGAGCCGACUGAGGAGCGUCUUAUCGGUGUGUUGUAUGUGACAAAGCCUGGCAAAAAGAAAAAGACAAGCUUUUUAUGUGCUACUAUAAACAAAGAAAAGCCUGUGUAUGCCACAGUUCAUCAGGUGAAGAAAACAGACAAGGAUGUUUACAAGAAGAAGAACUCAUGGCCACUUCGAGAGUUGCAAGUGGUGGAUGGAAGGGAUGAAAACAAGGAUACGGCAGACCUUGACUUAACAUUUGACCGCAUUUACAAGUGGGUAGCCAACAGUGCUCCAGAUAAGCAUGCCUUUAUUCAAGUGCUUUGGAAAUUGUGUUGCCGUUACUUACCAAAACAGAAGCCCCAAUUCAUAAAUAUCCCAGCAGAAUUGAUCGAAGAAAAUAUUAAUCUUGCAGAGAGUGGGGAUGUUACUACUUCAGCACUUGACAAUGUGGAUGCUGCUCUUGAAGAUGAUGGGGAUUAUCGAGCACUUUCAGAGAAAGAACAGAUGGAUUUGGAAAGACUUAUGGAACAGUGUGACUCUGCAGUCAGCAAUGCUGAGGCCUUUGCUGAACAACUGUCACGUGACCUCUCUGUCCUUGAUGGUGCUAACAUCCACAGUAUGAUGGCUUCAGAAGCUCAAGUUGAGGCCUUGAUGGUGAUGAUUGAUUCAGCUUAUACAGAAGCAGAAAAAAUUGAAACCCGACUAGAUUCCUAUGAUGAGAUCUUGUUACAUGUGAAAGACUCUAUUGAGAAAAUGGCAGACAAGAAUACAUCCAUUGAACAAACAAAUGCAAAUAACUCUAAGUUACUAGAAGAACUUGAUAGGUUGAUUAACCAGCUAGAUUUGCCAAGAAACUAUGUGAAAGACUUGUAUGAGCCAGACCUCAACAAGGCUGGCAUGCUUCCACAGGCAAUUCAGGCUGCAGCUGCCUUGCAGUUAGUCAUCAAUGCUCCAAUUUCUUCACAGCUUUCACAGUUACAGGCAGUUCAAGAUGAAAAGAAGAGAUUUGAUAAGUUGAGAGGCAGAUUCAGUCAAAUUGUAUCAAGACAUCUAAAUAAUCUCUUCAUUCAUUUGGGCAAUGAUCCAGGAGAAACAUUGAGCUUACAUGCUGAGCAGCUUACACUGCCUCGCCAUGGAAGUAUCCACACUGAGCUGCUUCCUUACACCCCACUCAUGCACUGGAUUCGAGCUCUUGAUCACCGUGCAUAUCAACAUCUAAACAAAACCUAUGCUACCUCCAUCAGCAAGCUUUAUGAACGUGAUAUAAGACUGUUCUUUGAGGAAGCAAGACAACGCAUCUCUGGUGGAAGGAGAUUACGUGGAAGUGGAUCAAGUCAGGAUAUUGCUAGCAUGUCAGGUGUGGCAGGAAAAUUGACAUCCCAAAUAAAGCAUGGAGCACAGACACUGGGAACACGCACCAACACUGGGGCAUUGCUAGGUGUUGACCGUGACCAAUGGGGCUCAGAGCUUGACAUGCAAGAGAGACAAAAGUUUGAUGAGAUCUUUGAGCGUGUGCUAAGUGAACUGCAACCAGUUUGUCUUUCUGAGCAAGAAUUCUGCAUUGCCUUCUUCAACCUAAAUGCUACAGGUAAUGAGAAAGCACCAUCUUCAGUUGCCAGCACCCCAGGCUCUAGUGGAAGUGAAGAGAGCAGUGGGUCUGCAGGAACCUCAUCUGGUGCAGGGCUUAUAGGAACACCAGGGUCAGGGCAUGGACGGCCAUUCAAUAGAGAAGUGCGGUCAAUGAUGGCUGCACUUUUCACCACUCUUGAGCAGCAGCUUGCUUCAUUCAUAAAUACUUAUGACCGUGCUGACUCUUAUUGUUGUCUGUACAUAUAUGUACGUCUGAGUGAGCAUGUACUAACUGCCGAAGACACUGGUUCCUUCCUGUGUACUACAUUUGGAUCAUGUUUGGUGCAAGCAAAACGCAAUUUCGAUCGCUUCAUGAAUUCUCAGCUUCAGUCUAUCCAAGAAUGUCGUGUUGCAAGGAAGAAGUGUGGCAUCAUUCCAUUUAUUAUAAAUUUUGAGGAAUUUGCAAAAACAGCAGAAAGUGUGUUCAAGAAAAGUGAACGUCGGGCAGACCUAGACAAGUGGUAUGUUCGACUUGUCUUGGCAAUGUUUGAGUACAUACCAAGGGUAGCCAGUGAACACCAGAGAACUCCUCCAGAAGUGAUAAAAAUGGAGAAUUAUCAUGUCCUGCACCAGCUGAUGUUCCAACUCAAGCUUCCAGGAAUGGACACACAGAAGAAGGAGGCUAAACAGCGGUAUCAAGAGGCUCUCAGUGCUUACGUCACACAGUAUUUUGGCAGACCCCUUGAGAAGCUCAAUCAAUUUUUUGAUGGUGUGACAAAUAAAGUUGCCAGCGGAGUCAAGGAGUCAGAAGUUGGCUAUCAAUUAGCUUUCAGUAAACAGGAACUACGGAAAGUUAUCAAAGAAUAUCCUGGAAAAGAGGUGAAGCGAGGCUUGGACCAGUUAUACAAGAAGGUAGAGAAGCAUCUGUCCGAGGAAGGCAACUUACUCCAGGUUGUGUGGCGUGCCAUGCAAGAGGAGUUUAUCCGGCAAUAUAAGCUGAUAGAAGAUCUAAUACACCGCUGCUAUCCAGGGGCCAUGAUCAAUCUUGAGUUUUCAAUUGAUGAUAUUCUCAAUUAUUUCUCAGACAUUGCACUCUCUCAUUAAUUGAAAGUCAAACACUACUACUUUUGAACUUGUUUAUACAUAAAUUCACAACUUUGCCUGUUAUAUAUUUAAUGGAUUUUAAGACAUUGCAUUGAGGAGAUGUAAAUACAGUGGUCCCACGGUUAACGAACACAAUUCGUUCCAGAAGGUCGUUCGUUAACCGAAUCCAUUGUUUCAAUGGGAUAUUGAGUAAUUGGUUCCAGCUCCCCAAAAAGUAC